CUUAUAAGGAGUGUGGCAGUGUGCAUUAUAGUUUGUAUAGCAAAAGAUGGAGUUCACAAUUGAUGAUUCACUUUUUGAGGAUGAAGAGAAAGAGAAGAGGAGAAAGGAGGAGAGGAAGAAACUUAAAAGGAACGAGUUUGAUUAUUAUCCCAAGCAGUGUCAACCAGAGUGGUUUAUGGCAGUUGGGAAUAAUGAAAAAGUCGACGACUUUAUGACAGUGAAAUUCAAAGCCGAUCUAUUGUUUUAUAAAGGAGAUUACGGGGAUGCACUGAAAAUAUACAAGGAUAUACUGACAUAUCUACCUCACACCUACGGACAAGUAACGAGAGAGUUACAAGACAGUAUAGUACACUGUUAUCUAAACCGCAAUGAAGAGAAGAGAGUGGAGGAGGAGGAAGAGUUGUUAGAAUGGGCACGCCUUCUCGUUAGUCCGCCACACGAGAAGGAUGCAUCGUCAUGGCAACUGUUGGCAGAAUGUUACAUGAAAGGCGGAGACAUGAUAAAUGAAACCCUCUCUAGAGGUCAAUGUUGUCUACUUCAGAGACAUUAUCCUGAGUACUGGACUGAAUUGGGAUCAGCUUAUUACAAACUACAUGGAACAUGGAGCCAAGAACUAGCUAGAGAUUACAGCAACAUUGACAAGUUGCUUCAAUUAACAGUGUCGUUAUUCAAGCCGUACAUUCGUAAGGUAGAGAGGACUCAAGUUGAGGCAUCGUACGUUAUAGAACCUCAUGAGGUUUUCAUAAAGUUUCUUUCCAACUGCACAAUGAGUACUCACACGAUUGAGAGAGAAGAGAAUGUGUCUUCGAUACUUUUAUCGGCUUCUUGUUGCUGUUUGAUAUGGAGCAAGCAGCUGCUGUUCUAUAGUAUGUCUCACUCAGGUUCGUUUGCAAGAUCAGUGCAAUCGAUAAAAUAUCAAGAGGUUGAAUCAAAUCUAACGAAAUCAGGUAGUUAUACUGAUCGCAUGAUCACAGAGUUAACUGAGAGCAUGAUAAAAGCAUCCAUGCUUGAUUUGUAAUAAAGAAGAAAACCUUAUUUUCUGUGAACAACUAUGAACUCUAAUUCUCUGUCAAUAGAUAACAUUUUUAAUUUGCAGCCCGAAAGCCUGCUCAAAUUUGA